AUGCGAGAGGACGUGCUGUCCAGAACUUACGAUAAGAAAGCAUGGAUUCUGAAGCGGGUGGUGUAUCUUCUCAACAAGUCCACCCCACAUGUUCUCAGGCGACGGAUCGCAUUCUCUGCCAUCGCCACCAUCUAUGCCAUUUGUGUCUACCUCAUUCAAGGUUUUUACAUCAUCUCGUAUGGGUUGGGUAUCUACAUCCUCAACCUCUUCAUCACCUUCCUCUCCCCACAAGUUGACCUGGAGAUUCAAGAGCUCGUAGAGGGGCCCACCCUUCCCACCAAGGGUUCUGAUGAGUUUUGUCUGUUCGCUUGUCGACUCCCCGAGUUCAAAUUCUGGUUUGCUAUCACGAAAGCCUUUUGUAUUGCUUUUGUGAUGGCAUUCUUUAGCAUGUUUGAUGUGCCUGUUUUCUGGCCGGUGCUAUUUUUCUACUGGGUGGUGUUGUUCAUCCUCACAAUGAAGAGACAGAUAUUACACAUGAUCAAGUAUAAAUAUGUCCCAUUCUCCUUCGGCAAACAGCGCUACACGGGGAAGAAAGCAACUUCAGCUGAUGAGACAACUUCUAAGAGAGUGAAACUUAAGGUGGUGCAUAUGCUGCACCUGUACAGGUAGACAUUAUUUAUGUGCUUCUUUCUUCCAGCAGUAGGACGUUUAGAAGGAAUGAUGGGAGUAGAUGUUGCGUGAGAAUCUGGUUAAAAGACUUGCAGAUUUUCACUGGGUGAACUUGUGAGUUCUAUAAUGAAAGAUGCUGCCUGGGUGGGAGAUGAGGUUG